UACGUAAUAUAGACAAAGUCUACGGCUAGAGUCUUACAUCUUUAAAAAGAUCAACGUUGAGUACUCCAGUUUCUUAAGGCUUUGGGAAAUACAGACCCAAGGGUCCGUGGUUCGAGACCCUCUCAUUACCGAACUUUCCCCUAGAGAGAGGAGAGUCGCCAACUCUCUUUAAUUCCAGGCAUAGGAAUCAUGAGGUGUGGUCACAUCGAGAGAAAGGUCAGGACUCUGCUCGAUAUAUUUACAGUGUCCUAACACUACCUUCGGCUAGUUAGCAAGCAAUACAAUCAAUUUGAACAUUCUGGGUUCUGUAUCUAAUUUUUCAUGUUAAAAAGUUUUCAAACAGAAGCUUGUUAUGGAGGGUUUUUCUUUUUGUGGCUGCAACCAGAGAAACUCCUCAAUUUUUUAUGUGUCGAAAUGCUCCUAGCAUUUCUGACAAGAUAGUUACUUGCGUCCUAAUGCUUCCUCUAGAUGAGGGAAGUUUAUUUUUAUCCUUUAUGUAUAAUUUUUUAUGCCAUAAGCCAAUCAUAUUGAUUGAUUUGCACAAAAUUUCAAAAUUCUUGGUUCCUUUUCUUGCAAAAUUAGGUUUAUUCUAGUUUUUUUAUUUUGAUUAGUGAAGUUGCUUGAUUUUUCCCGAUUAUACCCCCAGUCGAGGCAGGGGCGCCUGUAAAAGACUGAGGCAGGAGGGUCAGUAUUAGUGCUGAGGGCAAAUGGUAGAGUUUUUUCCACUACUAUAAUUGAUUAUAUGUGAGGGGGGGAAGGGUGGAGCAAAAUGAAAUAUUAGCAUGGAUCUGUUCCACCCAUACAGCUGGGAUUUAUGGAAUCAAAGGCUCUACACGCAUAGGAAUAAUGUUGACAAAAUUAUCCAUGCGAAUUGGUAUUAAUUGGCCUUCUCAUUAAUCGAAAUGUUUCGUUUUAUUAGAAUCAUGACAAUUAGAAAUAGGAUGAUUGUAAAACUUUGAUUGUCCUUUCAGUCUCAAUACUCCAUGGUUGCAGAAUCAUUGAGAUAGUUGUAAGGAAAAUAAUAAUUACAAGAAUAAAAUGCAAAUCAAAUAUUUUUUUAAUUCAGCGUGUUUUUUAUAUUACGUAAAAUAGGCACAAAAUAAACGUAAAAUCCUCGUUUUGGUGAUGGGCAAAAUAGUCAGUAUAUUUCUUAUAACAUGCCGUUGGUUUUUGAAGUAAAUUAUCAUCUUCUGAAAAAGAAUCAAAGACCGACAGCAAAAAUUUUCUAUUUUUUUGAAUUUCUAAUUUAAAGUAACAUAUAGAGUUCUAAAGUGAUGACGUCACAAAAAUCUAUUUUUGGAAUUUUUGAAUUUUGACUCCAUAACCUGAAAGAUCAUCAUGAAAUACCUCUAAAUGUGCAAAAUCAGGCAAGUGUAUUACGAAAUGGCAGAGAUAUGGCCACAUUACUGGUUCUCUCCCCAUCAAACCUCUGUAUUUUGGUCUCUGUUCAUAACUUUAUGAACAGAGCCAAAAUAACAGUGAUUCGUUAGCAAACUUCAAAUCUUUCAUUAGCGAUAUCUCAACCGAUUUUAGACAUAUCUGGUCAAUUUUGCAUAUUUGGAAGUAUUUCAUAGCGAUCUUUUACGCUAUGUGGUUAAAAUCCAAAAAUUCUGAAAAUAGGUUUUUGAUGACGUCACACUUUAGAACUCUAUUGAGAGUGGCUAAACUAGUCAUCAAUUAUCUACAAGAUUCUAUAGACUUUUCUUGGGAGUAAAUAUUUAAAGGCACUUCUUGCCCCCUCUGCCCUCCUGGAAGAGGGCAGGAGAGGCAGCGGCCCUGCAGCCCCUCCAGAGUAGGUGCCCCAAAGUCGACGUAUGUUAUACCAUAUUGGUAUAUAAUGCGGGUCCACAUCACAACCAGUGGCAGAAAGGGAGUCGCAAUAAUUUGUGUAAAUGCACUGUAUGCAAGUUUCAAUUCUUUGUUAAAUUGAUCCAUUUUUGCAAGGUGUUGAAACGUGACACAUUCUUACGGGAACGUAAAAUGUGUUGAUUGGAAAAAAUUCACUCUGACGCCAAAGGGUCCCACCUCACAUGAUUUUAAAGUCACGUUGCCUUUUUCUUGUCUAGCAAAAGUUAAAAGUGAAUUUCUAAACAAGGAAAUUGAUAAAUGAGUCACUGUGGUGAUGACGAUUUAUGCAAUGUGUUGCAACCGUGAAUCAUCUAAUGAGAGUUGCCUCUGUUUCGUAAUUAAAAUUAUGUGCUUUCAUUGUUCGGUGAUUAAGCCGGGACUUGGCGAGGUUUAGAAUCCAUGAGCCCCAAAAGUAACUUAAAUCAUUUAUCUGUGAUAGUUGAUAUUUGUGCUUUAUUUGAUAUAUAAUUUACGAUCUAGCAAAAUGUAAAGAAUGCUUGUACUCUUUAUUAUGAUUCGUAAUAAAUUUAUCUGCCGUUUUCAUUAUUAUUAUUGACAUUAUCAUUAUUAUUACUAUUAAAUCAUUUUUAUCAUUAUGAUGAUGAUAUUCAUUCAGCAUCAGUAUAAAUCAACUCAUGACUGGCUCUUAAUACAAAUACGAUAAGCAAAAAUUUGCAGCAGAUUAACAACUCUAGCAACAAAAGGUUUAAAGCUGGAAACAUAAAUCAAUAAGCUUAGAGGAAUAGAAUUUCAACUGGCUGUAGAAUUUGUGAAGAGUCUAAAUACACUCUUUUUUAAGCUCAGACUGGCUGUUCUUAAUUUUUUCGAAAACCUGAGGCUCCAUUGUUCCUAAUUUGUUCUUAAAUGAUUAGGGUGUAAGCAGUGCAAGUGAAAAUUCACCGGUAUCCCUGAUCCCUAGAUCACAAAAACUCCUCCUAUAUAAGAGUUUAAACAUUGUUCAAAAUUACACUUUAUAGUAGCUCAGCCUCAUCUUGUUCUUUAUUUCUUCUUAACUUUUGACAAAUUUUGAGGCUCAUAUUCUUAUAAAAAUGUUCAUAUAAAAGAGAGUGUAUUUCUCUUGCAAUGAUGUCAAUUUAUUGUACGUCUAUCGUCUAUACUUUGCUGAUCAAAGAAUCAAAGUUAUUAUCGAAAGAAAUUCAGGCAAAGAAAUUUGGCAUAUACUGUUAAACUUUCAAAGCAGGGCAUUUAGUAAUUGUAUGUAUCAACAUCAAUAUCAUUUUCAUUUCUUCCAAACACGGAAGGUACGAGAUUCUCGUGGUUUCGUUUGUGUAAGUGUUAACAUUUGUCCAAUUAAAUAAUUAUUGCCACCUUGCUCUCACUGUAAUGACAAUCAUAUGUCGUGAGAGUUUGUCACUAUAAUUACAAAACAAGGAAACGGAAAUAAGAAAUCAGACUUUCACAGAUUUAUCGUCAAAACCCUUUAGAGAAAGUUUAUGGAAUGUUUGAUUUGGAAUAACAGUUUCAAAUAUCAAUGUCUACAUAAACUUUGAUUGCUAAAACACUUAUGCCUACAAGAAACGAGUCGUUAUCUCUACGGCUGGCGUCAUUUUCGUCUCCGGCAAACCGGUACUUUGGCCUUUGUAUUGCGCAAUAGACCACCAGUGCGCGCCGAUCAACACGGAGCUGCUGGAGACUCUCAGAUUUAAACGACGCGCGUAUAAAUACCGUGCCGGCGGUCUGCUUCGUAAUCAUUUUCACGUGUUUUGUAAUAGUAAACAACGGUCAGCUGUUUUUCAAGGAAGUUCCUGCAUCCGAAUUGGAGAUUUUUAAAGCAUCUGCGGGUUACAUUUACAAUAGUGCCCAGAAGAGUAGCGUAAAGGACAAUAGGAGACAUUGCUUACCUUCGUAAAAAAUUGAUUUUGUCAGGGAAUCGCUACAAAGUGUAAAAUUUGAUCAGCUUUCCUACAAGAUUUGUCCUGUGGACAUUGCAGUCUAUCAACAAGGCUUCCUUGAUACUGAGGUUUUUCAAGCAUUUUGUUUCAACAUAACACGCACAGCACCGCACCAAAUUGCAGACAGGUUGCGGGCAACACUGACAAGUGGGCAAAGAAUCAAACCUUUGCUGUCGAAGAAAAUCGGGACAAUUGCCAGACAUUGCAAACCUCAAAAUCAUGAGUACAAGCAGCGUUUCGCAAGAAGAUCUUAGCAGCACAAACUCGCUUAGCAGCCCAGACAGUAAUGCGUGGAGUCCCGUGCACGAGGAAGACCUAUUUCUGCACCCAAUUAGUCCUACGCUGCCACUAACGAAAGCUUCCGCCCUACAAAGGAUUUUGCCCGUCAAAAGUGUUGUUACCAACAGAAAAGAAAGACGACGCACUCAGAAUAUUAACACUGCUUUCGCUGAUCUCAGAGGGUGUAUCCCAAAUGUGCCACAAGACACAAAAUUAUCAAAAAUAAAAACGUUGAGACUGGCAAUCAGUUACAUCCAGCAUCUGAUGCAACAGUUGGACGAUGAAAGGUAUAGCAUGGUUAUGACAGAGGGCGGGCGUUUUGCCAAUUUCAAUUAUUGUCAGUAUAUACGAACAGGGAGGCUUGAGAAACAAAUCUUGCCAAAAAGAGGGAUUAAAAGAGAAAAUCCAGAGACAAAGGAACAGCCUGUGCGAAAGCGAGGACGAACUGGCUGGCCUGAGAUGGUCUGGGCUUUAGAGCUUAAUCGAUAAUAUCUCUUGACUGAUAUGCAAGAGUCAGCUUUGUUGGAUAUCACUAAAUCAAUGUGAAGCAAAAGUCAAAAGAUUGGCUUCAAUGAAAAAAGGAUAGAGGUUUUGGACGGGUGUAGCAAAUCUUGGCAAGUAGCAGAAUGCCUCACACCGAACAAUUGAAGAUGAAUAAGUCUGAUUAUGAAUAAAACCCAUGUACUGAUAAAUUAUAGAUGGAUGGAGGCAUUGAUCCAUGUGAAAAUAAACGUCACAUAGACUCUUUACGCGAGCCAAGGCAAUGACGGUAUAAGGUUUUGUGUGUUUUAGGAAUGGGAGACGUGAGGUAAUCGUUGUGUUUGAUUGUAAUUAUGUAAUUAUGUAAGACGCUGUAUCCAAAAUAUUAUCCGAAUAUUCUUGUUUUCCAUACACCCCGAAAAAUGUUUGGAUUGCCGCAUUUCUUGGAGAAGAAUUUCGUAAAGGACUCAUGCAUGGUGUUCAAAAGACUUUGUACCACUACCAAUAUUGUUUCAGUCUGCUAACGUUCAUUUUGACCCAUGAUAAUAAAUUCUAUAAGAGUGUUACUAUAAUUGUAGCCUUGGGCCUAUAUCCUUUGAUCUAUUGUGAUCUGUGAAUUGUGACCCACAAAGGCGCUUUUGACCUUUCCCUUCCCUCUUUCGUCAUGUUUUAUAUAUCAACCAUAACUACCUUUGAUCUUGAAAGCUGCACUCGUUUGGAAGGCACAUUAGCUUAGAAAUUUUGGUGAACAACAAAUCCUUGACGUUAUGCAGAAUUAUAAACAACCUUUAUCAUUGGUUGCACGUUAAAAUAGGCGCUUAAUCGUUGAAAAGUUAAAAAACCUUAACCUUAAUUGGAUCCAAACAAGUAACUGUACAUAAACCAACUUGACCAACUGUAUAUAAAUUCAAAUACAGAUAUAUGUGUUAGUCUAGAAAUACAAUAAGUUAUUUUUGGAAAUAUAGCUUCUUAAUUCUAUAUUUGUGUAUAGCUUUUAGAAUUAUAUUGUUAGUAGUUAGUCGUAAUCGUCAGGAUUUAUAUCACUUUUCCAGUAGCCAUUUUUGUGGUACGUAAAAUUAGAGUAACAAAAUCUUCUGUUUUAAGAAUAUGAAUCACAAGGAGAUCUUUUCUGUGUUUAUUUA